AACGAUAAUUUCAAUUGAAUCACAUUGAAUCUGUUUUCAUUUUAGUCAGUAAAUAUUUCAUCAUAUUUACGAAAAGAAAAUAUACACAUUCGUUUUAACUUAAUAUGGACUAACAAUAACUAUGACUUCUCAGUAUAAAAAGUUUACGAAGUUAAUAGCUAAAUGGCCGGUGGACAGUUCUAAAGGGGAAAGGGAUCUUGGCAAGUUCAUACGAGAAAAAGUGAAAGUUGCUUUUGAAGCAUCCAAUAAGCAAAAUUUAGAUUCUGAACUGUGUACCCGUCAAUACAACGCUCUAAACAAAAUAGCAGACAACCAUUACCGUGACAGAUAUAAAAGAACCAACCAAAGCACUGCAACCGGCUUGAGCACUGAAGAGUGUAACCUCAUUCUAUCUAGUGAAGUAUUAACAUAUUUAAAGGAGGAAAACAAAGUUUUAUCUCGCAAGCUUCAUAAUAAAACCUACAAGGACCAUACACCUGUUAUGUUAAAUGAAGUAAUAAAACACUUAAAACCUAAUGACAAUGAACUCUACAUCGACAUGACUUUUGGUGCAGGUGGCCACUCUAGAAAGAUUCUCGAAUCAGCUAAUUGUCAAUUAAUAACACUAGAUAGAGAUCCCAUUGCCUAUGAUAAAGCUAAAAAACUCUCUGAAGAAUAUCCAAACAGAGUAAUUCCAUUAUUAGGAAAAUUUAGUGAGCUUCCUACACUUUUGAAAAGUGUUGGUAUUAAACAGUGCUCAAUAGAUGGCAUAUUAUUUGACUUUGGUUGCUCCUCCAUGCAACUAGAUAAUGGUGAAAGAGGUUUUGCUGUUAGCAAAAAUGGUUAUCUCGAUAUGAGAAUGGAUGCUGGUAGAGAUCCCAAUCAAAUUACCGCCAGGGAAGUUUUAGCAACUGCUAAUGAACAUGAGCUUUACAAAAUUUUUAAAUACUAUGGAGAGGAGAAGAGGGCUGCGAAAAUAGCUCAAACAAUAAUACAUGCUAGGUACAUGAUAAAGAAUAUCGAUACGACACAUGAAUUGGUCGAUAUUGUAGAUUCUUGCUGCCCAGAUGAAUUCAGAUUAGAUAAACUUCAGAGACCACAAUCAAAUGCAACUAAAGUAUUUCAAGCAUUACGUAUAUUUGUUAAUAAUGAACUCAAUGAGCUUAACUACGGUAUGGUACUGGCUAAGUAUUAUUUAAAAAUAAAUGGAAGGUUGGUCACAGUUUGCUUUCAUUCCCUCGAAGAUACGAUAGUUAAACGACAUAUUGCUGGAAAUAUAGUUAAUGAAACAGCUAAUCCAGUCCCAUUAAGAUAUCUUAGUCCUAUGUUAGUACAAGAUCAGGAAACAAUAAAUCAAUUCUUAGAUUCUCCAUGGAAAGCAAUAAACAAACAUGUUGAAGUGCCCUCUGAUGAAGAAGUUGAAAGAAACCCAAGGAGUAGGAGUGCUCGAUUGAGAGCUGCACUUAAAAUAAAGUAAUAAAAGAAAGUGCUUUUUAAUUUAGAAGCAUGAAUGAUACUUAGCAGGUGAUUUUUAAUUGUACAAAAGUUACUUUUGCUUAAUUAUUUCAACCCUAGCUCAACAUAAGAUGUAGAUAAUUUUAGAUUGUAAUGUAGAAAAAUAAAUAAUAU